AUGCCGAACAAAUACUCACACAGUGUCGUUCUGGCCAAUUACUCCAGUCGGGGUAUUAUCAGCCUAUCGAGUGAGGAGCAAUUGGAUAAAUCGAAGUCGCUGGCGACCCCCCGGCUUCUCGCUGGCGCACUGCCACCACAGCCUCAACAAUUCAUGUCCACGGCGAAAUCGAGAGCGAGGGCUUCUUCUGACCCUUUGGUUCAUGCUCGUUCUUCGACAUUGAAUCCAACGUCUACAACCCCAAGGUCGUCGAAACUACAAAGUGUUAUCUUCCCUUGUGCCAUAACAACUCCCCAGCAGUCUCGAAAGGAUGUAGUCUCCCAUCGUAAUCAGUCAACAGGAGCGAUCGAUGACACUCAUCCUCCAACCAGUGAGCGAAAGGUGAUCGUCCACUCAGAGAUUGAACCCACCGCGGCUGGGAUGGCAGACAGCGAUUUUUGGCCUCGUACCUCUGCUACACCACACGGAAGACCGUCAACUGGCUCCCGCCUGCCCUCACCCUUUGAGCCCCAUGUCGAAAGUCUAAAAUUCACUGUGGAGCAAGAUCCGUUCAGAGCAGAGGCGAAAUCAGCAUAUUAUCCCAUGAAUGCUAUUUUCAAACCUGAGCAGAAGCUCCUCUCGCCCCUUGCAGCACAGAAGUAUGAGCGAAGGAAAGGGUUAAGAGGUGCAGCUCGACCUCAAAAUCGGGAUGAUCUGCCAUUAUCUUGGCUAGGGGAAUCUUUGCAGGAUGGUUAUGCUGAGCCGCUUCUUUCCAUUCGGGAGUUUCUCGCCUCCUCGCCGAGGCUUGCUGCAGGAGACGACAAUGCGCACUCGAUUUUCCCACAGGCGACCUGCAAGUAUGACACUGUACACAAGACGCCCGGCCUCCAAGCUGCGGCACAAAUCUCGAAGCAUCAAACACCUCGUCGGCAGUCACUCAAUCGAGCCUGCAUCAACUUCACUAACUUAUCUAAUGAUGAGGUCAGUGAAAACAUUCAUGGACACAUCCCUCAAACGCCACCGGGUAAAUCACCGUCUGCAAAUACCUCGAUUCUGGAAACUGGUGUUCCAAACCCGAGCAUCUUGAAACCGGCAGAAGUGCUUCCUAAUCUUCACGAUGAAUUUCCUCUUGUAUCUAUGCUGCACACAAGAGACAAGUUCGGAAAUGAAGCGACAUUGAGAAGAGGUCCAACAGAACCGCAAGCCCGACGACGGCCCUUCAGCCUGGGUAGCUGCGAGCUUCAAACCGCACGCCUCCAGAAACGUGCAAUGCUCUGCGGAAAGAAGACCGAGGAAGCUAUAGGGUACUUGUUCUCGCAUGGUCCGGUUGUAGAGUCAAGGCAUCUAUCGUGGUUGCCGCCAGAUGUGGGAGUGAAUGCUCAAAUGACAGAUGAAUUGCACGACGAGGCCCGAACCCUUUUACAAUUGUCCAAAUCCGAAGCUCGUGCAGAUGUCACCAGUGCAAGCCCAGUACCUAGUGCCGCUCAACCCGACCAGCCAGAGUUCCAGCGUGUCGAGGCUGACUUCUCCAAACUCACUGACGACUACGAGGAUGAAGAGGUUUGUGAUCCCAUGGAUGAUGUUAUGCCGAACAUCUGCAUUCACAGACGCAGUCAUGAGUGGAUCGACGACCGCCUUCUGCAAAAUGACUCUAGUCCCAAGAUGUCGCCACCAUUAUCUCAGAAACCCAAGUUAAAGCCCGAACUGAAGUCAGAAGAAGAGAUAAGGAUGAAGAUCCCCACUCCCAUCCCGUCUCCUUCACUGCCAGCAAUGUCGCCCAAGAGAUCCGCUCGAAGAAUGGUCAAGUCACUACCGGGAUCGGUCUACCAAGUGUCAAGGCCUGUAACCAUGCCCGAGUUCGGUGUACCCUCCAUCGUGCGGUAUGAUGACCAGACCGAGCACAUCCAUGAACCGAGCACGUCGAGGCCUAACUCCAGAUGGAGGUCACUCACGUCGCAGAAACAGAAAGGCGGUCCGAGAACAUUACGGAAGUUGGCAUCAUUGUCGCGAUUUCCCAGGAUGGGAGGUGUUGCAAGACGUGGCAAGGAGACAGUGCCUGUCAGAACAAUAGACGACCUUCAACAAGACAGUGACGAUUGGACAUUACCAAAUAGCCCUGUUUCAAAGAAAGCUGCUUCGAGGGCCAGUCCGCCCGAGUCAUUCGCAGCAGGAGAAGAAGACGAGGCGAUGCCUAAGCCCAUAGCACUGAGGCUCCAGCAUCAGCAUCCUUUGAAUUUUAGCAGGCAGUUCCAGAAGGUGACCACUGAACGCGGGUACACUGAACGCGGGUACACAGACGAGAUGGAUGAUAUGAUAUCUCUCUUCUCCAAUGACCAUGUCGUCUCUGUUAACGUACAGAACGAUUACACAAGCAGCCUACACACUGCGGGAGACGAGAGGGAGGACCCAGAUGCAGCCCUUCCUCCGCCAGAUAUAUCGCGCUACCGGCCCGAUCGCACCAGCUACUGGUACGGGCAGUUUCGUCGUUCACAAACUUCUCUCGCGGCGCUCCCUGGCAUCGCUAAACCAAACGCGAAUACAAGCGCAAAUCGACGGUCCCGCGCUGUAUCGGAGAAUGCGAUGCCAUCGAUGUUCUGGACUCUGAAUGCUAGUUCACCUCCGCCUGUGCCUCCCCGAAGCGAAGCUCGAAAAGCAAAGGGAGAGAACGGAGGCCGGAUGGAGACGGGAAUGAGAACACUCUGGGGACGAUUGAGGCGGCGCAUGGAGCGCCGUGUUUUUCCCCCCUAA